UGGGGUAUGUUGAAAUACUAUGCGUUAGCAGUGAUACCGCCUACUUGAGUUCUAGUCCUGAGAGGGGCAGACCGGAGUAUAAAAGAAGAUCGCGAAGGGGUUUCAGAGCAGCAGUAGUUGGUUCGACCUGGUCUAGCAAUCAUGACUGGAUUCCGUGCCUGUCUUGUCCUGGCCCUGGCUACCGGUGCCUUUGCUGGAGUGUACCACGGAAACGCCAACCAUGCCGUCAGCUCCGGCUAUGGCUUCGGUGGCUAUUCCUCCGCCUUGAGCGGCCUUGCUCCCUCUAGCUACGCAGUGUCCUCUCCAACCGUGUCCCGCACUGUAUCCACUUCUUACCACGCUUCUCCAGCCGUCACUACCGUCUCCGCUGCCCCAGCUGUCUCUAGGGUUGACACCUACCACACCGCUCCCGCUGUGACCACGUACCAGGCUGCUCCGUCUGUCUCCCGUGUUGACACCUACCACACCGCCCCAGCCGUUGCCACCUACCAGACUGCCCCAGCUGUGGCAACCUACCAGUCAGCUCCAGCCGUUUCCCGCGUUGACACCUACCACACCGCCCCAGCCGUUGCUACCUACCAAGCUGCUCCAGCCGUUGCUACCUACCAAGCUGCUCCGACCGUUUCCAGGGUGGACACCUACCAGACCGCUCCAGCUGUCGCUACCUACCAGGCUGCUCCUGCUGUUGCCCAGGUAUAUCAGGCUGCUCCAGCUGUGACGACCUACCAGAGUGCUCCAGCUGUCGCUAAGGUCUCCAGGGUGGAGACCUACCAAGCCGCUCCAGCCGUGCAAAGGGUUGACACUUACCACGCCGCCCCAGCCGUUGCUACCUACCAGACUGCUCCAGCUGUCCAGAGGGUCGACACUUACCACGCCACUCCAGCCGUGGCCACUUACCAGGCCGCACCAGCUGUUCAGAGGGUUGACACCUACCACGCUGCUCCAGCUGUCCAGAGGGUCGACACUUACCACGCCACUCCAGCCGUGGCCACUUACCAGGCCGCACCAGCUGUUCAGAGGGUUGACACCUACCACGCUGCUCCAGCUGUCCAGAGAGUUGACACCUACCACGCUGCUCCAGCUGUCCAGAGGGUUGACACCUACCACGCUGCUCCAGCUGUCCAGAGGGUGGACACUUACCACGCCGCCCCUGCUGUCGCUACUGUGGCCGCUGCUCCAGCUGUCGCCACAUACCAGGCCGCCCCCGCUGUGGCUUCUUACCAGACCGCCUACGCUGUCCCAGCCUUCGCCUCUGUCUCUGCUGUGCCUUCCUACGGUUUCGGAGUUGGUAACCUCGGUUACGGAGCCGGUAGCUUCGGCUACGGACACGGCCUUGGCAGCUACGGCCUAAACUACGGCUAUGGCCUCGGUGGAUUCAACGACUACGCCGAGCUCCUUCGCAAAAGGAAGUAAACUCAAGGAACUGACCACUGGCCCACUGAGGAUCUGGAAGGACGUACAGCUGUUUACACAAGCAAUGCUGUUCUGUACAUUUGUUAAAUAAACUGACAUCAACAUAUGUA